AUGAUCGCCCUCCUCGCACGCGUGCUCCUCCUUGCCGCUUGCGCGACCGCUGUCCUCACGGCCCCCGAGCCUUCUCGGACGACCCGCAAUCUAUCCGACAACCUCUACCCCGUCGACGUCGUGACCAAGCCCGUCGCACUGAGGGACAUCGUCCCGCUCACGAAUGCACAACGCCUCGCACGGGGGCUACCCCCGAACCCUCCUCGUCGCCGCUCGAGGACGGCUCGCGCCCUCCAGCCUCGCCAGUCGUCCACCUGUGUGGCGCAGACGGGCACUAUCGCAGUGUCGACCGGGGGAUAUCUGUCGGCCACCGCUACAUCGUACGGCGAGUACUCGUCGACCACCGACGUCUCGCAAGCGCUCUUGGUGUCGUUCUGUGUGGACACCACGGUGGGCACGACCUUCGAUCUGCAGACUUUAAACGGCUUGUCUGCUUACCCCUACCUCGGGGCGGUCCAAGGGUUCGCCGAUAGGAGUCGGGACUUGGCGGCGGGGUCGUUCAAUUACUACUACAUCGCGGGCACUGAGCAAACUGCCCGUGGGCCCGCGGUACCGGGUGUCAACUCGUUCUCCGCCGCAGCGGGCGUAGCGGAGGCGGUCGAGAGCAACAUUUGGACACUCACGGAUACGAACGAGCUCGUCCCGUCGUUCGUCAACUCGGACGGUACCGCCGUCACCCCGUCGAUCGUGUACGUCUCGUCGUCCAACGCGUUCGCGAUCACUAGCGAUGUGGGCGCGUUCACCUCCAACUUCGGCGCCGCACAGCCUGUGACGUUUACGUUCGUCCCCGCAACGGCGGCGACGGUGCCGGUCUGA